GAAUCCUAAAACCCUCUCUGACUCCCGAUCAUUACAACCAAGGAGUUCUUGAAUUUUUGAAGUCGCAGAUUCAAAUUCGUAAUACCCACUCGAUGUUAGGCCUUAAUUUCACAACCGAAGCAACAAAUUGACUUCUUCUGAGGUUCCUCUUUGCAAAUUUCAAGAUCUGGAUUUCACAUCGUAGGUUAUAAAUGGAUUCGAUGGCAAAGCCUGAAGAUAGGAUCAGUAAAUUACCGAAUGAAGUUGUUUAUUGCAUACUUUCCUUCCUUCCCACAGUAGAUGCUGUCAGGACCACCGUGUUGUCUAAAAGAUGGAGCAAAAUGUGGGCGAAGCUUAAAACUCUAAAUUUCGACAGCAAUAAAAAGGAAUUUCGGGACUAUGAAGAGGCUUUUAGUUUCGUAACAUUUGUCACUCGUGUACUCUUCUUUCGUAAAGUACCAGAGAUACAUAAAUUCCGUCUAAAAAUGCCCUAUCCCCAGUAUAUACCUCAUAUUGAGGACUGGGUUUUCACUGCUGUUAUCCGAAAUGUUGUCGAGCUUGAUCUUCAUGUUUUUGAAACUGGGGUUGAUGUUUUUGUGUUACCUGAGUGCAUUUAUUGGUGCAAAACGCUGAGGGUUUUGAAACUCCAUCUGACGCCCUGGACGCGCACUGAUGAUCCUCCUGCAUCCGGCUGUUUCCCAAGUCUCAAGUUUCUCCAUGUAUCAGUUUAUAAUCCUCAGGAAACAACUAUGAAUUUGCUUUUCUCUUGCUGCCCGGUACUUGAAGGUUUGACAAUAGAUGGAACCAUUGAUGGGAACACUGGUGAUCAUGUGAAUUACAAUUUCAAGGUCUCUGCACCGGAACUGAAGACAUUGAGGAUAAGUUUGGAAAAUAUAUAUGACCCUGUCGAUGUUCAUAUUAAUGCCCCUAAGCUUGAAAACCUUGAUCUGAAGCGUCUUGGUUUGACCAACUGUUUUCUCAUUGGGAGUACAAAAUCCCUAGUCAAUGCCAGUAUUGCAUUCAGAGAACACUUUGAAGUAGACAAAAAGCUUGAUCUUUCCACCUUUGCAAUGGCGCUUCUGGAUCAAAUUUCUAAUGUUAAAUUUCUAUCUCUUUCAGCUCAUUGCUUGGAGGACUUGCAUCUCCCUGAGGAUUGGCAUCUCCCUGUUUUUCAUAAUGUGAACCAAUUGAGGCUGGCUUUUUGGGAACACAAUUUGUUGGAAUUGUUAGCGGUUUUUCUCAAUAGUGCACCUACUCUGGAAGAUCUUGUCUUAGAAGAUAGAACUGAAGGUUACACAGAACUGUCAGAGAGUCACUGGAAUCCACCCAAGGAGGUGCCUGCUGGUUUAUCAUCAAACCUGAAGACCAUCUCCUUUAAGGGAUUCAAGGGAAGGCUGUUUGAGAUGGAAAUGAUAAAGUAUCUGUUGAAGAAUGGUCAACUGUUGAAUAAGAUGACGAUUUCUACAAGUCUGCAUCUUUCGUAUGAUAGACAGAAUGAGUUAUACACAGAGUUUAUGAUGUUCCAUAGGGCAGCAACUUGUCAUGUUGAGUUCGUGCACAUGCAAGUUUAGGUUUGACAAAGGUUUGGAGUUUGUUUUAUCUGUGCAGAAGCAUCCGUUAUCGAAGCUGUGUGAUUUUAGAUAAAUAGUGUUAAGAGUAUUUUUGUGAUCCUGCGACUACUAAUUUCAGCAGGUCUUCAUCUUUCUUAUGCUGAACUAGAGGAGUUAUACACAGAGUUUAUGAUGUUCGAUAGAGCAACAACUUGUCAUGUUGAGUUAUGCAGUUGCAAGGUUAGGUUUUACUAAGGAUUGAAGUUUAAUAUAUCUGUGCAGAAACAUCCGUUAUCAAAGCUGUGUGAUUUUAGAUAAACACUGUUGGAGUAUCCUAGUGAUGUU